CUGAAGCCUCUGAAGUGGUAAUCCUGGAGCGCUGCUGGAUUGUGGAGUUCAGGGGUAAAACAGAUGUUUCAAUAGUUCUCAAAUUUCAGAGUGGAGAACCAGAUCUUUACCUUGAAGCUGCAUCAAAGCCAGAUUGUGAAUCUUGGGCUGUGGCACUGGGAGAGGCAAACUCGGAAGGUUUGCAGAAUAAAAUUCAGCAGCUCCGGAGGUUGAUCAUGGAAAUCAAAGAGGAGAGAUCAUCAGAUGAAGCACGGCAGUUCCUCCCUUCAUCCCAAGCUGACAGUCUAGGAGAGCCACAGUUUACGAGUAUUCAGAGAAUUGCAAAUGAGCCAAAGCUGGAGUUCAGUCUCGCAUGCAAGGAUCUAGUGGCUGCUACCCGUGAUCGGAAGCUGAAUACGUUUAUACAAGUCUCAGUGGUACAUCCAGCAGAGCACAUUUUGACGAGAUAUUCAAGCACUGAAAUCGUGGAGGGUACAAGAGAUCCACUGUUUUUGACUGGUGUGACAUUCCCACCGGAAUACCCAAUCUAUGAGGAGACUAAAAUAAAACUAACAGUCUAUGAUGUCAAAGAUAAAUCUCAAGACACGGUUCGCACCAGUGUCCUACCUGAUCACAAGGAGCCAAGAGCAGAUGUUGGACGAAGCUUCCUGGGCUGUACAACUUUUAGAGUAGGAGACUUGGUAAAGUCAAAGGAGCAACAGUUGACCCUUACCCUCAGGACUUCUGAUGGUGGAAAAACAGUUGGUACCAUUGAAGUUGAUCUUGUGAAGAUGGGAGAGCUAGGGGAUGGAGAAACGGACCACAUCACAACAGACACCCAGGAUCAAAAGUGCGCAUUGGUUCGUGAAUGUACAGCCACUGAAGGCAUAAGUGGUAAAGACAACUUGCCUUCAUUAAAUGCAGUGUUAAAAAACCCAAUCUGUAAGUUAUAUAGAUUCCCUACUUCUGACAACAAGUGGAUGCGGAUCCGGGAACAGAUGGCUGAGACCACCCUCUCUUUCCAUGUUCCGAAAGAACUGAUCAAUCUGCACAUAAAGGAGGAUAUGAGAAGGAAUCAGGAACUUAAAGACUUGGGAGAGCUUGCUCCUCACUGGGACAAUAUGCGCAAAAGCGUUAUUGCUCACUGUGAUCAGAUGUUGAGCAUGUACCAGGAUACUCUUGCAGAGCUUGGGAAGCAUACAGGUUCUUCCUUCAAAUCAAGCUGUAGCAAAGGAGAAAAAACAUUAGAAUUCAUCCCAAUAAAUCUUCAUCUGCAAAGAAUGCACGUGCACAGUCCUCGAUUGAAAGAUGCUUAUGAUGUCAUCACUGUGGGAGCCCCAGCAGCCCAUUUCCAAGGAUUUAAGAAUGGUGGUCUCCGAAAACUGCUGAGUAAAUUUGAGGCAGAAAGACGAAAUACUGGAUACCAGUGUAUUUACUAUUCACCUGAAAACACAGCCAAGGCAAAAGAAGUUCUCAGCAACAUCAAUCAUCUACAACCUCUCAUAUCAAGCCAUGCAGACCUGCUGCUUAAUUCUGCAAGCCAGCAUUCUCCAGACAGCUUGAAGAAUUCUUUAAAGAUGCUUUCAGAAAAAACAGAGUUAUUUGUGCAUGCAUUUAAGGAUCAGCUGGUCAGAAGUGCCCUUUUAGCACUAUACACAGCCCGGCCUGGCUGUGUCCUCAAGAAACCAGCUGUGCCUAGAAACAGUGCAGAAGAGGGGGGCGAUUUACAGCAUCAGGAUCAUCCUUCUCAGAUUAAAAGACAAGACUCUAUACCCCAUCAUUCUGAGUAUGAUGAGGAAGAGUGGGACAGGGUGUGGGCCAAUGUGUUUUUUGGAAAGAGUUUAAACUGUGUUAUUGCCAUGGUGGACAGACUGCUUGAGAAAGACAACAUCAGCAACGUUAAAGAGGGUGAAAAUGACCCUUCGGCAGCAGAUUGCAAGGUGUUGCAUACAGGUGGUGACUGGUAUGAACAGCUUUAUCCCCUGGUGAUUACGCUGAAGGACUGCAUGGGAGAGGUGGUGACCAGGGCGAAGCAAUCGAUGGCGUUUGUUCUGCUCCAGGAACUUGCCUGUGGUUUGCCACAAUGUUUGAUGCUGACCCUAAGAAGAGACAUCGUCUUUAGUCAAGCACUCGCUGGAUUGGUCUGUGGGUUUAUAAUUAAGUUGCACACAGGUUUACAUGAUCAAGGAUUUUUACAACAGCUUCAUACUGUUGGAUUGCUUGUGCAAUAUGAAGGACUCCUUAGUACAUAUAGUAAUUUUAUUGGAAUCCUUCAAGACAUGGCUGUGGGAAUUUCAGAUUUGCAGAAAGUGAUGUUUAAAGUCAUUGAAGCCAAAUCAGAAGAUUUUUUGCCUGUUAUAACUGGCAGGCGUGAACAUUAUGUUAUAGAGGUCCAGCUUCCAGCAAAGAUGUUUGAGUUGCUGCCACAAGAGAUUAAAGAAGGAAAGCUACUUCGCAUGUAUCCAGUACUCUUUAAUGUUGGAAUCAAUGAACAGCAAACACUUGCAGAGAGGUUUGGAGAUACCACUUUGCAGGAAAAUAUUAACCAGGAAAACUUAGAACUUCUAAAAGAAUAUUACAAGCUGUUUACAGAAAAAAUGCCUCCUGAUUGUCUACCACAUUUUCAAGAACAAAAUGAUUUAAAGGGAUUGCUAGAAAAUCUUCAUCAAAAUAUCCAGGCCAAAAAGAGAAAGAACGUAGAAAUCAUGUGGCUGGCUGCAACGAUUUGCCGUAAGCUGAAUGGAGUCCGUUUCACCUGUUGCAAAAGUGCCAAAGACCGGACAUCCAUGUCAGUGACGCUGGAGCAGUGCUCCAUCUUGAGGGACGAGCAUCAGCUUCACAAAGACUUCUUUAUUCGGGCGCUGGAUUGCAUGAGAAGAGAAGGAUGCCGCAUAGAGAAUGUACUGAAGAAUGUCAAAUGCAGAAAGUAUGCAUUCAACAUGAUACAGCUGAUGGCUUUCCCAAAGUACUACAGACCUCCAGAAGGGACAUAUGGAAAAGCUGACACCUAAGUUUAACAAAAAUGUAAUCAGGAACAUACAUCAUGCUAAUUAGUGAAUAUAAAAAUCGCUGUUUAUGACUUAUUAAUUGGGAAUGUGUAACCAGCUGAGGUGUUAUUAUUAUCAGGUUUUAUCAUUUUAUAUUAAAAUAGCUCCAGUCAGUCGUUAUGAAAUAAAAUGUCGUGAAAAAGCAAUGGACUGAAUAUUCUCAAAACCAAAUGUAGUCAACUUUUCUUUGUGAAGUUGAAGUUUAGUAUGACUCAUAAGCCAGCUGGAAUUAGUUUUUUGGGUCAUUUGAUCGAAGAUUAAAAAGGGAAAUGUCAUUUGCUAUAGCAACUGAGGUUAGCAAUCUGGAAGGUGGCAUUCUGACUCUGAACCAAAACCUGAGAUUUGAUUUAAGGAGUCUCUUCUGCUUGAAAUAGUGUUUUCUGGAACCAGCAGAGCACCGAGGUCUUGAUCACUGGUGAUUAAAUCCUUCACAGAAGUGUUUAUGGAAGAUGUUAAUGUUAAUACCUGAGCUAAAUAUAAUUUUGGUAAUUACAUUUAGCUUCUUUACAUAAGCAUGGUAACUUCGUAAUAUGUUUUUAGUAAUUAUAGCCUGUAAUUUCAGCAAUUCCAUUCUGAUUCCUUGCAGUUCCUUUGGAUGUAUCAUUCUUGGCUUUCUGUACCACAGCCAAAUACCACUUAUUCCACUUUCACAUAAAUCACAUUGAAAUCAGGGGGAUUAAUUCUUCAAGUAAGGUGACCUGAAUUUGACCUGUCAUGUUCCCGUUUACUGUAAAGCCCUAAAACUAAAUUUUCUUUAGUGGUAGGGAAAAUGAGUUGUAUAUACACGAGUUAAUGUAUCUUUAGGCUAUAAAAACAUGUAUGUUUUUACAGAGCCUAAGAUAAAUGUUAUAAUCAUGAGUAACCUGCUGUAUUAGCACUAGUUAGCCACUGCAGCUGAUUUAUAUCAAAUUUGUAAUGCUGCGUGUAGACACUCUAGGAUGAGGAACUAUCAGCUUUAAAAAUGAAUGUUAAUGCUUCUGCCAGCAUGUGUUAGUCCUGAAAUUUGUCUUGCGAAGAACAUUUGUGUUUUCUAAUUGUAUCUAUUUAUUGCCUCCUUCUGCCUCCCAGAGAGAAAUACAAUUAAAAAAACCCAACUAUUCACUGGUUACUGACCUUUAUGUAACGCAUUCAUUCUGAGAAAAAAAAUAUCUAGAGCAGAAGUGUGAGAAUUUUAUCCUAAUGAAACUGCACUGGGAAUUUGAGCAUCUGUAGGAAAUUGUAAUUGCCAUGGAUAAAGAAGUUAAUGCUUGCUUGCUCCGGUGGAAGUCAAAGAAAUCUUGAUGCACCACGAGUUAUAAUUCGGGGUUUUUAAUCCAUUAAUGCUCAUUACUGGGCAUAAAUCGGUAACUAUAUUAGUAAAAAUACAUAUUUAAGAGCCUGAUUCUGCAAACUAAUUGUGAUUACGUGGAAAUGAUCUAUCGUGUGAAUAAAAUUAAACCCAUCUUGUAUAUUUGCAAGAUCAGGCUUUGGGGCUUACAGGAGAACAUCAGGAGGAGGUCCUCAUUCCAAUACUCACUGACUUCAGCAAAGCCAGGAAUUCACCUGUGCAAUAUAUUUGUCUAACUAAUUGGAACUUUUUCCAAAGUAAAGCAGGACAUUUAAAUAGCAUUUUGGUGCAUUUGUUGUUUAUUUCUAUUAUGUAAUGUGCUAUCACAAAUGGCUUCUAUGUUCUUCUGGAAUGUGUUACUUCAACAGUAGAUGUCAGAAGACUUGGCAUUGCAUCGUAGGUAAGCUCAGGCAGAUGAGAAUGUAAUGCCUUGAUGUUUUCCUGUCGGGUACCAGUAGAAGUGGGCACUACUCACUGGGUGGGUGAACAUGUGCAUAAAUUUGUGUUUGGGUCUUUAACUCUACCAUAGCUGAUCUGUACAAAACUUUUUUGCAGAGUUAUGGGACAUAGGAAAGUAAUAUUUUCUUCUGUCAAACUGCCGCACUAGCACUCGCUAUCUGCCAUGUUUAUUGCUAGCUUAAAAAGACCUACACGUACAGUUUAGAAAUAGUGAAAAAUUCCUCAUGCACCUCUGAAAUAAUCCCACAGAUGUACAAUAGAGACUGCUGGCCUUCCUACAGUAACUCUGAAACAAUCUGUAAAAGUCUGCAUGGGAAUGGCAUUCACUGAUGGAUACUUUAGAUUCCGAUAGUCCUUUGUCUUAGUCCCAUGGGCAUUCUGUCAAGUUAAAAAUAUGAAAUUCUCUAAUUUCCUUCUUAGCAGGAAAACAGUCUUUCAAGAUCAGCGGUUUAAUCCCACGUGGGUUCUAAAUUGCUAUUGUGACUAUCAUGUCACCUUUAUAUUUAAGAUGGUUUCCACAUUGAAGCCAUGGUUUUGGAGAGGCAAAAAAAAAAAAGAAAAAAAAAAAGGCAUUGGAUUACUGUCCUUUUUGUUUUAACAGACAUUCCCAGUACAUUCUUGUGAAAAGAAAUAAUCUCUUAUUUGUUAAAAAUAAGUAAGAAAAACAAAAACAAAAACAAACCCCACAUCAGUGUACUGCAGUGAAAGUUCAUUGGGCUUGGACCAUUACAAAAGGUUAGGCUGGGUUUUGUGCUAAAUAAGGCUGAACUUUUUCAAGCCAAUUUUUUGAUCAGAACAUCUCUUAAUAGGUCGCAAGACCCUUGUAAAACCCGCUGAUGUGGUUCCAAGUCUCCUCAAAGAGCCUGGUUGCUUUAGUACUGAAACAGGCUCAGACGUUUCCUUGUUUGGUCAUUGCCUGCUGUGGGCGAUUGUGGUCCCUGUAGGCAAAGGUUGUGUCAUCAAAACCACGCAGUCAGCUAAGCAUGUGUUCAAAACUGGUGUUUUUUCUGGUUUGCUGUUUAUGAAGAAACAAAGGGGGGGUUGCUGCAGUUUGAUAGUUACUUGGAGUACAGUUACUCUUUGUAGAGGCACAUAUCCUUGUAGUUCACUGUGAAUAUCAGAGGAGUAAAAUUAAGCAAAGGAUUUUUUUUAUGAGGAAGCUACACCCUUUGUUUUGCAAAGUGUUAAGGGAAGCAUACUGAUCUUGGUGGCGGAUUCAUAGAAAAUGUUCCAUAUCUGCUCUCUUAAAACUUUUGUAAGGUGUAAAACGAUCUGCUUUGAGGGGAGGGCAGUUCUUAAGGGCUAGGAGGUGAGCAUUCAAACAUAUAUCUGGUGUCUAAAGCCAAAUCCUGUCUUACUCACAGAAGAUACUAUUUGUAGAAAUAAGGUCAUCAGGAUCUGCCUUGAGGAAUCCUGAAAUAAGGGCUUCAAGCUUUGAAUAUUUGUACAAAGUGUUACACGCUUAAAUGGGGGUUUUGUACCACAGACUAGUGUCUAAAUAGAGAGCUAGCAUAAAAUGCCUAAAAAAAUAAGAAAAGGGAAGUUGUUUUUUCUCAGAGAUGAUAGUAAUACUGUUAUAAUGCAUAACAUGCAAAAGCCUGACAUUAUUAAGCAGGCAGGUCUUUUUUUCUGAAGUCUUCUUUUGGGGAAUUUAAAAUAUGUUCUUGUUAAUGUUUGUACUUCGGCUUUUAUGGAGCAAUGAGGAAACAAACUUUUAAUUAUUUUAUCUGAUUAUUAUCUCUGUGAAGCUGUGUAUUUUGAUGGAAUACUAGCAAUGUAUGUGUUACAAAGAACAAAUUUAGGAGGACAGCUGAAACAAAAUAUUAACUGAGAAAGAGCCUUAAUGAAGUCCUUUGCAAUGUUAAUUUUUGUACUGUCUGAAUUUUGGCAUUAUGUAAGCGAAAUAAGGAAAUUAACAAACACUUCCUGUGCCUAAAUCAGUCAGUCCUGAUGAAAAGUCACUUAUUUGCAGUGAAAUGAAAUGUAAUGGUAUUCUAAAUCAUCCCUAGUAAUUUAGGUGUAAAGAAGUGCCACGUAUCAUUUUGAAGCCCACUGUAUAAUAUGCCUAUUAUGAGCUUCAGAAAAUAGGCUUAUUUUUAUUUCUAGUUGAAACACAAGUUCCAGGAAUUCCUGUGGUCCACUUAGCAAAAGCAGAAAAUGCGCUGAACAUCAACCAGAGUAAUAAAGAAAGAAAUCGCAUUAAAAACUGCAGCAAAAUUAUUUGCGUGAAUUAAUGUAUGUAACCAGCUAACGGUCUUAGACUUAUAUUGUGUCAGUUGGCUAUGUUGUAAACUUGAAACCAUUGGUAUCUAUAUCUAUGCUUUUUUUUUUUAUUAUGAAGAAGUGUGCUGUACAGGCAAUGCCAUGAGACACGAAUUUGCAUCUUGCUUUUCACUUAUCUGCAGCUUAAAAGCAGAUGUUUACAAUCAAAGUGCUGUAAUAUAACUUACUGUUCUUCGAAACAAAAACUGACCUUGGAAAGUGCAUGUUUAAAAAACAAUCAUACGAGUGCUUUUAUUUUGAAGCAAAAAAGAAAAUUCCCAGACUUCAGUCUCUAGAACAUUGAUUUUUUUCCUCAGUCACAUAACACGUUGACUGUUGUGUUGCCAGAGCAUUGAGCUUACACUCUGCAGCACUCAAACAUCUAUUUGGUCUUUCUCUCGUAGCAUCUACUGAAUAAGUAAUGUAGCAACAAUGAAUUUCAGCAUCUUACUCAUGAUCCGAGAUUAAAAACUUGCAUUUGCUGAAAUAAACAUGAAACUUAAUACUUGAGAAUAAAUAAAAUAGGAGACACUUGUGAACCAAUGUAUUCCGAAGAGCUGAAACAUAAAGCAUGGGGUUUGCUUGGUGACAGGGAGAACGAGUUAUGGUAGAAAUCUGACUGUGCUAACAGAGCGCCCUGGACCUGGGGGAGUUGGAGUGGUGAGAUUGGACCACGCUGCCCUUACUUAGCUCUCCUAACUAGUGGCAGUGGUGUUUUGUACUCUUCCCUUGCAUGCAAAGUACUUUAAAAACUUUUCGGCACUUUUGUUUCUGAACGGUCUGACUUCAAAAUUUCUAGAAUCCUGAGUUACUUUGGUACUUGCUUUUGUUUUGUGUAGCUGUUCCUUGUAAUGCUCCUGUCUCUCGCUCUGGAGCACAUGGGGCUAUGUAUAAGUACCAUUAAGAGGACUUCGGUCCGUAGUGUGUGUAUGUUCAGAGAAAUGAAGCACAACUGCAGCAA